AUGGGCAUCAAAGGCUUCGGCUCCCGAAUGAGCGCAUAUGCACAGCGAACUCACCUCGGAAGCACGAGUGAUCCGGCGAGAGAUGCAGUCGCGAUAGUCGACGGCCCUGGCUUGGCGCAUUAUGUAUACUACGGCCUGUGCGGCAAGCGAGAAGGCUCCCAGAAGCCCAUUACAUACACCGAAUGCGCGCAAGCCGCCUUGGAGUGGCUAGACCUCACCCAGGCGAUCGGGAUGAAGAUGUGAGUAUGAGCCCACAUUCACCUCUUCAGAUGUCAGGCGGGAAUUCGAGAUUUCGGCGGGAAACAACUCCAUGAAGCCGCAUGGUGAGAAGAGAUCAAGAUCCACUCCGAAGGCACAACCUCUGGUUGCUUCGCGGAGAUACAAGACCCUUUCCUGACAUCGAGGUUAGUGGAGCCAUCCUCUUCGACGGCGCACUGCCUCACGCAAAGCGGAGCGUCCGGAUCGGCCGUCUGCAAGCGUACGCGGAAAAGGUUCACGUGUACAAGCAAUCGGACAAGGCUGGGAUGCUGUUAGAUGGCCGCGCGAGAAAGCGGCUUCCACCACCGCCGUUUCUUGUCUUCGCGGUUGUCGAAGAGCUCCGACAGAGCAAGUACGGUCAUGUCACGUACGUUGUGCCGGGUGAGGCCGAUCCAUACUGCAUAAUAGCAGCGAUUCAGGUCUCGGAUGAAGGUAUGCUAUUGAAGAGUGAUCAUCCCCGUGAAAUCGCUUCUCCUAAGCCACUGGGUAGCCCUUCAACCGUAUUUCUCACCUUGUUGUGCUUGACCCUUUCGCAUCCCCGUAGAAUGGCUUCGCCUGAGCCACCGGGCAGCCUUUCAAUCGUCUAUCUAGCAUUGUUGUGCCUGAAUACUCGCUGAUCUCACGCUUCUGUAGCCUCAGAAACCACUGUCACGAUCUUCUCGGACGACUCAGACCUGCUGGUUUACAACCUAGGCCAACGAAGCGUCUGUGUCGCCCCCUUUCGAGAUUUGGACGAUGAACAGACUAUAUCCGGCACGACUCGGUCCGCAGAAGUAUACUGGCCCACUCGAAUAGCAGCACAAGCAUCCGUACUGCUAGAAGACCUCGUCAAGCCGGCGUUCUUCAUGUCGGAGGAUCCAUACUGCACAUUCGACGAGGCGCUGCUGAGGAUCAAGAAGAAGGAUCCGAGCGAUCGCGAAGACUUCAAGGCUUUUGGCAGGGGCUUUCAAACAACGGAAGAAAAGACGGAGUGGCUAAGCAUUACUACGGACUCUUCCAAGAAGAGGAAUUUGGCUGCUUGCGAUUCUCGGGUGUCCGAAAUCAUCUGCCAAACGCAAUCACUGAGAGCUGGUUCACUCGAGGGCGGAGUCAAGAUGUAUCUGCCUUUCCUCAUCGACGACCCUGGGCGAGCGAGUGCGUGGAACGUGGGCACCAACAUUCGAGCCUUGGCGUACAGCCUGCUUCUGCGCUGCGAGGGCCUCGAAAGCGAGGGAGCUCAAGAGUAUAGACGCAGUGGCAGCAGAAUCACAGGCAAUCUGAUGGAGCUUAUAUCUCUAGAGGAGACGGAGGAACAACUGCGCGCAUCAUGUGCCUACUUUGACGAGUUCUUCGAAUGGGCGAAGGGGCAGGAUCUGUGCGACGCGGACACGUGCAGAAGCGUCGUUCUCAGCCAGACUUGUCAAUAUGCCCAAGCGGGAGGCCACUCGUUGCCCGGGAUCAAAGAGGCUCAGCAGCUCGUGCAGGGAAGAGCAGAAGGGCGUCUUCGAGCUUGGCAUCUCGUCCAUCUGAGCGCCGAGUACCAAGCCGCCUAUUACUCCCUUCGCAUCCUCCAUCAGAUAGCAUCUCAUGUGGUGGCGCACGGAAGCAUCGCCAAAGACGUAGCUUCUCUUGUGCGUGCGCGGCUCUCCACCUUGCCACGCAUUGGACAGUUCUUUGAGGAGAGCCAGGAGCAACAGUCAUGGGUACGGGUGAUACCGGAACUGAUGGCGAACUUUGAGGCGAAGGAUACAGACGAGGAACCGGUGCAGAAGAAGAGGAGGAAGAAGACGAAGUGGACGAAGUGGGAAAAGGAAGGGAGUGGACAGGAGGAUGCAAGCGGAGACAACAACCCGUUUGCGUUGCUGAUGGAUGAUUGA